UUUGGAGUUUCUUGUCAACGACGAUACUCCGUACUUGCAGGAACAGAUUCCCCACAACAAGAACAUGACGCCAGACAAGUUACAGGGACAUGCAGAGGACAGAAGCCAUAAGCCGGGCUAAACCACCGACAUCCUUUCUGUACAAGGGUUGGUCUUUUUUUCCUCGCAUCGUGGCAUUCUAACCUAACCAUUUCACUCGGCCUGACCUUGACCGAUUGACCGCCGCCCGUUGAUUUGAUCGAUUCUUAUAGUGGAUGAAAGAGACAAAAACCACCAACAGUUGGACCUUUUCAUUAUUAACCUGACAACCACCACCGCACCCCAUACUCACCAGUGCCACCUUGAGGUUUACUUAUAAACAUCUACCACCUUUUAAACCCCAACCACAUCAAUCUAUCUAUCCAUCAAGUCAAAAUUCAAGAUUCACCUCAUACCGAGUCGCCAAAAUCACCUACAUUUGACCACUGUUACCUAAACUUCAUCACCCACAGUCUCCAAAAUGAGUAAUGCAACUACGACCAAAUCUCCUCUCCGGAUCGUCGUCGGCAGCGACAACGCCGGUCAUGCCUACAAGACAGCACUUAAGGAGACACUUAGAAAACACGCGGGUGUGGCCAGCGUCUCGGACGUGGGCGUCGAUGGUGCUGACGACGACACUGCAUAUCCGCAUCUGGCGGUCGAUGCAGCUAAGAAGAUCAAGAAUGGCGAGGCUGAUCGCGCUCUUUUGAUCUGUGGUACCGGCCUGGGUGUCGCCAUCUCAGCCAACAAAGUCGAGGGCAUUCGUGCCGUUACCGCCCAUGACCCCUACAGCGUCGAGCGGAGCGUCCUAUCCAACAACGCUCAGGUCCUGUGCUUUGGUCAGAGGGUCAUUGGCCUCGAACUCGCCAAGAAGCUCGUCGAUGAGUGGGUCGAGUUGCGAUUUGAUGAAAGCUCGUCCUCCGCCGAAAAGGUCGACCAUAUCUCAAAAUACGAGGAGAGAUUUGGACAGGACUAACUUGGUAGCUGAUUUCUCCUUUUCAAAUUUAAUUCCUAUCGAGCUGGGUCCGUCAACGACCCGCAUCAACAGCUCUCGUCACAGCUGUUUCUCUAUUCCAUGUUCAUUGGUACCAUCUCGAUUUAUUCCUGAAUUAGAUUCUUCACCUGUUGCCG